AUGCCUCCGAAAGCAAGUGGCAAAGCCGUAAAAAAGUCGGGAAAAGCUCAGAAGAACAUCACCAAGGGCGACAAGAAAAAGCGUGGAAAAAAAAGGAAGGAAUCCUACGCUAUCUACAUCUACAAGGUCCUGAAGCAGGUUCACCCCGAUACUGGAGUUUCUAGCAAGGCGAUGAGCAUCAUGAACAGCUUCGUCAACGAUAUCUUCGAGCGCAUUGCUGCGGAAGCCUCUCGACUUGCUCAUUACAACAAAAGAUCCACCAUUACCUCUCGGGAAAUCCAGACUGCCGUCAGGCUUCUCCUUCCCGGUGAACUGGCCAAGCACGCCGUCUCCGAAGGCACAAAGGCCGUCACCAAAUACACCAGCUCCAAGUAA